CAAAAAUCUACUUGUUCCUUCUCUUUUCCACAUUUUAGACUCGUCAGAAUGCCUCACUCCUUCGGUCUUCGUGCUCGUACUCGCCACAUGUUCUCGCGCAAGUUCCGCGAACAUGGUGCUAUCCCCUUGUCUACCUACUUGAAGACCUACAAGGUUGGAGACAUUGUUGAUAUCAAGGCCAACGCUGCUGUCCAAAAGGGUAUGCCCCACAAGUUCUACCAUGGUCGUACUGGUGUUGUCUAUAAUGUCACCAAGUCUGCUGUGGGUGUGAUCAUCUACAAGAAGGUUGGUAGCCGUUACAUGGAAAAGCGUGUGAACCUCCGUAUUGAACACGUCAAGCACUCCAAGUGCCGUCAAGAAUUCUUGGAUCGUGUCAAGGAAAACGCCCAAAAGAAGAUCGAUGCUCGUGCUGCUGGUAUCAAGGUUAACCUCAAGCGUAUUCCUGCUCAACCUCGUGAAGCUCGUCAUGUUUCUACUGCUGAUAAUGUUCCUCAAACCAUUACCGCUAUCCCCUACGAAACUCUUUUGUAAAAGACACAUUGGAUUUGGUUUCUAGUCGUUAGUAAUCGUCUUUCUUUUUUUUGAUAUAUUUUUUUAUCUUUUGAAUGAAAUAAAUAAUAAAGAAAAAAAAAAAAAGAACGUUUGUUUUUUGUUAAA